AUGCGUCGAUGUCGUGAGAAGGACACCACGUUGAAUGCAGAUAAAGUCAAAAUGAGUUGUAAUGAAGUUACAUUCAUGGGUCAUUUGUUGACAGACGAAGGACUGAAGCCUGAUCCAGAGAAGGUGAGAGCAAUCUUAGAGAUGCCUAAGCCAACAGAUGUAGCUGCAGUUCGUAGAUUGAUUGGUUUUGUGAACUAUUUACAAAUAUUCUUGCCGAACCUGAGUGGAGUAUGUGAACCUUUGAGGAAACUAACUCAUAAAGAUACAGCGUGGCGAUGGACCGGGGAACAACAACUAGCAUUUGACACAAUGAAACAUUUAUUUGGCGAGAUAACGAUCCUUAAGUAUUACCGCCUAGUGAAGAGCUUACUCUACAAUGUGAUGCAUCUGAAAAAGGCUUGGAAGCAGUUAUUUCCAAAAAUGGACAGCCGCUUGCGCUUCCAAGUAGAGCGUUAUUUCGAGCAGAAGUCAACUAUGCUCAGAUCGAGAAAGAGCUUCUGGCCGUGCUCUUUGGUUUGGAGAAAUUUCGCCAGUACACAUACGGUCGUCCAGUGCAAGUCCAAUCUGAUCAUAAGCCAUUGGAAAGUAUAAUGAAAAAAUCCCUACAUAUGGCUCCAAGAAGAUUGCAGAGAAUGUUGUUAAGAUUGCAAGGAUAUGAUAUUGAUUUGGUGUAUCGAAGUGAAAAGAAUAUGGAGCUUUCUGACACGUUGAGUCGAGUGUAUCUUCAUGAAGGAGGAACCCCGGUCGAGAUUGAAGUAGAGUCGAUCAAUGUGAUGCGCAGUUUACUCGUUUACUCAGCAAGAUUGGAUGAUAUCAGAGCGAGUAUGGAAACUGAUGAACGUAUGCAAGAGCUGAAGAAAGUAAUUUUGAAGGGUUGGCCAGAUAAGAGAAGCGACGUUCCAGGGCAAGCGAGACAAUAUUUUGGUGUACGUGACGAAUUGACAGUUCAAGAAGGUUUGAUUUUUCGAGGUGAAAGAGUGUUAGUUCCGAAUGAUCUGAGAAAGCAGAUGAUUCAACGUAUUCAUUCGACUCAUAUAGGGGCAGACGGAUGUCUACGUCGUGCAAGAGAAUCUAUUGGCCAGGAAUGA